UGUAGAUCAUCAAUACUACAGGAUCGCUUAAAAGUCUCGUUACAAUUAGUUUUGCCUCUGAAAUCAUCAUUUUAAGAACUUUGGCACUAUGCUUCAUCAGUUUAGAUAGAUGUUAAAUGAUCAAUAAAAAUCUCAAUUCCAAAUCUUCGUACUUUUAUGAGAUUUAUGGGAUUUUCCCUUUGCAAAAUUUUCCAUGGUACCGAGACAUUUAACCAUAUUUUUCCACACUGAUCGGACUAAUGCGAGGUGGACGCCUCAUCGCAGAGUCCACCCCACAAGAAUUGUUGGACAAACAUGCAACCAACUCGUUGGAAGAUAUUGUUUUAAAAUUAUGUCGAAAUGACGAUAUGAAUGAGGACAAUCAAAAUUUACGGGAUAUACCAAAUUCUGUACCUAACUCUGCUCAAGAAAUAGACGUCUCAUUCCAAGCAAAACCAACUUCAUCUUUCCAACGGAUAAAGGCCUUAGUGGGCAAGAAUUACGUGGUCAUGACGAGGAACGUGCUUCUCCUAUUGUUCAUGAUGUUUGUCCCCGCGUCACAAUUAUUUCUCAUGGGUUUGGCUCUUGGAAGCGAUCCUAAGCCUAUGUGGAUGGGAGUCGUGAAUCAUGAAACGAAUUUCACUUCCUGCCCGACAUUAUCCUUAGCGGACAAUAAAACUGAAGACGAAUGCGACGUAGAGAACUUAAGUUGCAAAUUUCUGGCGAAAAUCCCUACCGAUACGAUUUACUUGAGAGAUUACGGAUCCGCCGAGUUAGCUAGAGGAGCGGUGAAAGCGGGAAAAGCAUGGGGCUUCUUAAAUUUCCCUAAAAAUUUCUCGGAUGAUUUAUACGAACGUGCGACAGGGGGAAACACCAUUGAAAAUGAAACCCUGCAAGCAUCCUAUGUUCAUGUGGAGAUGGACUACACAAAUAAACAAAUCUCUUCUGCCAUAAAAAUUGAGGUGUAUGACGCGUUUGAAAUAUUCCUGAAAGACGUACUAACUAAGUGUGGAUUUUACAAGGAAUUAGCAGAAUCACCGAUUCAGUAUACCGGUCCCAUUUAUGGCAAGGAUGACACAGAUUUUCGGGAAUUUAUCUCCGCAAGCAUACUAUGCUGCGUCGUUGUAUUCUUUCCCCUCUGCUCCACUGGAGUCUCAUAUAUUUGGGAUAAAAAACAAAAAACGUUGGAGCGAAGUAUGGUUGCUGGCGUGCAAAGUUGGGAAGUCAUGACAUCAGUUUUUCUAACGGAAGGGAUCGUAGUCGUGAUCCAGUGCAUUUUCUCAUUCGCCAUACUUAUAUUUUAUUUUAAUAUUGAGAUCCUGGGAAGCACUAGCUUAGCAAUUGGACUCAUGUUUAUGGUGGGAUUGGAUGGAGUGACACUGGGAUUUCUGGUUGCUUCUUUCUGUGAUGAAGAAAUUGAAGCCGUGAUGAUUGCGAUAGCUACAUUUUUUCCAAAUAUGAUUCUUGCAGGAGUUUUGUGGCCCACUGAAGGGCUACCCAUUGGACUGCAGUACGUUUCAUACCUCCUCCCAAGCAAACUGGCGUCAGACUCGAUGCGUUCGAUCAUAAGUCGCGGAUGGGAAUUUUCACAUAUCGGAGUUUGGCCUGGUUUUGCAGUAACGGCGGCGUGGAUUGUUGCGUGUUGGUUGUUAACAUUGUGGAUUCAUAAGGUUAGGUUUGCACGCAGGUAGGUGAUAGCCCUGCGAUUUUUUUACUUCAAUAAAAUGCUAAUGUGUGUAAUCAAAUUGAAUCAGAGGAUCGUUUUAAAUUAAUAUUCAGAGUGUGAAUAAAUCGAGCUUAAACAAAUCAUUUUGUAAACAAGUUAAUGUUUUUAUAAAUAAUCUAUUAAAUUGGUGACAAAAAAUUCUAUUCGUUUGUAAAUUGCAGUUAAAUUUUUUGUAACGAUAACAACAGGUUUCAAUUUAGGUAGGUGAAAGUUGUGGGAUAUUGAUGCGGUACUUUUAAGUAAAGUUAUAUAAUAGAUUUAAAUUUAUUAUUAUUAUUAUUCUUUCUUAUAAAUAAUAAUGAGUUUUAUACACUGUAAAACUAAAUUUACUAAAAAUAAAUUUAGCUAUACUAGGUGGCCCAAGUAAAGUGUUAGUAGAUUGAAACGCUGUAGCUUCAACAGUUUUUGUGCUACAAAUUUCUAGUAAAUUUUAAUGGAAAGCCAGUUAAUUUUUAGGUAGAAAACAAUUUUUGGCUUCCGAAAUUUCCUCCCCUAACAUUAAUGCAUAGCUGAGGACGCGGCCUACAGACCGAUUGGAGCACGCUCGGAAUCGGUGGACAAAUUGCUCCAUUUCGUGGUCAAAAAUUUGUUUAAAGCUUUCAGACUUCUAUAUAGCUUAGAACACACCUUUGCCCCUAACUUUGGCCGUCUUUCAUAAUCCGGGCAUUCAAAUCCAGAAAGGAGGAUGACCAUUCCCAAUUGGAGAUAUAGUCCGGAAUUUGGUUUUUUAGGCACGCUUCGGCCAUUUUUUGCACUAUAAGCUCGUGCGGAGUCCCGCUAAGAGGUCACAUCGAUUCCGUUGAAAUGGAUCUCACUUAGGGCAUGUACCACGGACUCGAAAACAUUUUUAAAGAAAUUCGAUACCACCACCUUCCCCCCAUUUUCAACAAAAUGUAGAGAAAUUACCCAAAUUAGCUCCCACCUGACAAAACCAUCGCAAAACCUAGAUGAUGUGACUUUUUGACCUUUCUCUAUAUCAGAGGAUAUCUUUGACCGAUUUUGCUUAAAUUAGAUCAACUCGUUUGUUAAAAUAUUUUCCCGAUGUGAAAAUCUCCUCAUUUGUAAGAAGAAUCCUCUUCACUUUUUUGGCGCGUACCGCUUGAGGAGAGCCCCUCAUUUCUUUAGUAGGGCUUUCUUUCUGGGUAUCAUCAAGAGGUGGCAAGUACCACAUUUCAAAACCUUAAGUCUAAGGUUCAGUUUGAGUACUCAUUGGAUAAUUUGCAUCCACACUGUCAGCUGUGAGGCUAUUUUCCGCUGGAAUUUCGUGGAUAUUUUUGGACUCUGUCCUUCAGCGCCUUCACGAUGGGUGUGGUCCUUGGAGGUUUUCAAAAAAAUUUUCUUCGACUGUUUUUAGUCUAUUUAGUCCCCAUGAACGUUUUUAUAGUCAGUUGAACUAAAUUAAAGUACACGCUCGACUCCAGUCACAUUUUCAAAAUUCGCCAUUUCUCGUCCCAUUUUUGUGGUGAAAAAUGAACGUCGCCUGCGUCCUUUCAAGAUUUUCCCUGCUGAUAUGCUUUGCAAGCAAUUAAAAACUGAUUGAUGCUAUUUAUGUAAAAUCGCACGAGGAAUCCAACGCACUUGUCAGAAUUUCAUUAUCUCCAGCGGUUUUAAUAUUAUUAGCUACUAACACUUAGCCUGGGCCCAGUAAGUAUACUAAAAAUAAUGUGAA